AUGACUUUUACCGUGCUAUCAGACGACAACGUGAGGCAAUUGCUGAGCGAACUUAGCCCAAGUGAUACACGCCAAUUCAUCACAGCCUUGCAGGGGGGUCUCGUUGCCUACUCGUGCCAGGAUGAGCAGCAGUAUCAGCCGGAACGUUCAGUUAUAUCUCGCCCCAGCGGCCAAAGGAGCUUGUUCAUGCCGGCCACGACGCCGCAGGCAAUCGGUGUCAAAAUGGUGGGCAUUGCUCCUCCUUCCGGGCCGACCAGCGCUGCUUCGGAGGCAGCACCACCGCCGCCACCGGCGCUGCGCAGCGUCCUUACCCUGUGCAAUGCUGCGGGGGAGGCCAUCGGCAUACUCAACGCCGCGGAGCUCACGGCUUUCCGCACUGCUCUGGGGUCUAUGCUCCUAUACCAGUCUCGCAAGGAGACGGCCAACAUUGUGGUCUUUGGCUCGGGGAAGCAGGCGCAGUGGCACAUUCGCUUGGCUGUGAUGUUGCGCGCCAAGGAUAUUCGCAAAAUUGUCAUUGUCAAUCGAAGCCGUGGGCGAGCGCAAGCACUGAUUGCCAGCCUAGUCAAAGACUCACAUCUGUCCUGGCCGUCACACAUCAAGACGUACCAGUUUGAGGAGCGCAACGAAAGCCUCGAAGACUUGGUCGCGGAUGCGGAUGUUAUCUUCUGUACCACUCCGGCCACUGAGCCACUUUUCCGUGCGAAAUUCCUUACUUCGGCAAGUGCUCAAAGGAAGACACGAUACAUUGCCGCGAUCGGUUCAUAUCGGCUAAACAUGGCAGAGAUUGAUCCGGAGCUCAUCAAGAUAAUGGUAGACCCUUUCGGAAUAUUCUCGCAGCAUGUGUGGCAGAGGCACAUCGCGGUUGACACUCGCGAGGGGUGUCUGCAAGAGGCCGGAGAGCUGGUCAGUGCAGGUGUAGAUCCGGGUAAGAUGCUUGAGGUUGGGCGAAUUUUUGGAUCUCAAGACAUUCCUUCCGCGCAGACUGAAUGGCUGGAAGAAGGCUUCGUCCUGUAUAAAAGCGUCGGAGUAGGUGUUAUGGACAUGGCGGUAGGGCACCAGCUUCUACAGCUUGCCAAAGCCAAGGAUAUUGGGACGACCUUGGCAACUUUCUAG